CCCCCCCUUCCAACACCCAGAACUAAUACCGAGAGCUCCGGAGACACAACAAAGGCAAGCAGCACCUCUUUCACCUAAUAACGUUAAUUGAGAAGAAAACCCCUGGCAUAAAAGGGACCCACCUCUACCUGCAGAUAUAUCAGCUGGACAUGGACAGAGACCUGGAGUUCGAGCAUUUUGACGAGCGAGACAAGGCUUUGAGAUACGGCCGGGGCUCCCGUCUCAAUGGGUUACCCAGCCCCACACACAGUGCCCACUGCAGCUUCUACCGAACCCGGACCCUGCAAACGCUUAGCUCCGAGAAAAAGGCCAAGAAAGUGCGUUUUUACCGCAACGGGGACCGCUAUUUCAAAGGCAUCGUCUAUGCGGUGUCUCAGGACCGCGUCCGCUCCUUCGAGGCGCUGCUGGCUGAUCUCACCCGGACUCUCUCCGACAAUGUCAAUCUGCCCCAGGGAGUUCGUGUCAUCUACACCAUCGAUGGGCUGAGGAAAGUAUCCAGCUUGGAAGAGCUAGUGGCAGGGGAAAGUUAUGUUUGCGCAUCUGUGGAACCAUAUCGGAAGGUCGACUACACCAAGAACGUCAACCCAAACUGGUCAGUGAACGUCAAGGCGAGUGGGGCAAAUCGUACCCCCGUGCCCAUCAGCAGCUCGAAGGCAGCUCCCUUCGAGACGAAGGAGAGCAAAGACUAUAUCCGUCCCAAGUUGGUGACCAUCAUCAGGAGCGGCGUGAAGCCACGGAAGGCUGUGCGAAUCCUGCUGAAUAAGAAGACUGCACAUUCCUUUGACCAGGUGCUUACGGACAUCACUGAUGCCAUCAAGUUGGAUUCUGGAGCAGUUAAACGCUUGUACACAUUAGAUGGGAAACAGGUGAUGUGCCUUCAGGAUUUUUUUGGUGAUGAUGACAUAUUUGUUGCCUGUGGACCCGAGAAGUUCCGCUAUGCACAAGAUGACUUCUCACUGGAUGAAAAUGAAUGUCGGGUUGUGAAGUCUACAUCGUACACCAAGGUCCCUGGGACCAGCGGACCAAGCACUGCCAUGAAGAGCCCUGGUCCUUCGCGACGCAGCAAGUCUCCGGCUUCUACAGGCUCAGUGAACGGAGGACCAGGCAGCCAGCUUUCUACUCCACGCUCCACCAAGACACCAAGCCCAUCGCCCACCAGUCCAGGCAGUCUACGCAAGCAGAAGAGUUCUCAGCACAUUGGAUCGUCAACAUCCUUGGCAUCGACCAAAGUCUGUAGUUCCAUAGACGGCAACAAUGGAGCGGGAUGUGAAGAGGGAGUGGAGGAAGUGUUCCAAGUGCCAACAUCUAUAGCUGAACGUUACAAGGUUGGAAGAACAAUAGGGGACGGAAAUUUUGCAAUCGUUAAAGACUGCAUAGAAAGAUCAACCAGCAGAGAAUAUGCUUUGAAAAUUAUUAAUAAGAGCAAGUGUAGAGGAAAAGAACAUAUGAUUCAAAAUGAAGUCUCCAUCUUAAGAAGAGUUAAACAUCCCAACAUUGUUCUUUUAAUUGAAGAAAUGGACACGCCAAAUGAACUGUAUCUUGUCAUGGAACUAGUCAAGGGUGGAGAUCUUUUUGAUGCAAUUGCAUCUACCAACAAAUACACAGAACGAGAUGCCAGUGGAAUGCUUUACAAUCUGGCCAGUGCCAUCAAAUACCUGCAUAGCCUUAACAUCGUGCACAGGGAUAUCAAACCUGAGAAUCUACUGGUGUAUGAGCAUCAAGAUGGAAGCAAAUCUCUGAAGCUUGGGGACUUUGGCCUUGCUACCGUUGUUGAUGGGCCUUUGUACACUGUCUGUGGAACACCUACAUAUGUGGCACCUGAGAUAAUUGCAGAAACUGGAUAUGGUCUGAAGGUAGAUAUCUGGGCCGCGGGCGUGAUAACGUACAUCCUGCUGUGUGGGUUCCCUCCAUUUCGUGGGCAAAGCAAUGAUCAGGAAGUCCUGUUUGACCAGAUACUGAUGGGACACCAGGAGUUUCCAUCUCCCUACUGGGAAAAUAUUUCAGACUCAGCAAAAGAUCUUAUCACCAUGAUGCUUCAGGUUGACAUAGAACAGCGAUAUUCUGCACAGCAGUUACUGGAUCAUCCCUGGGUGAAUGACGAUGGGUUACCAGAGAAUGAGUACCAGCUUUCCGUAGCUGGAAAGUUACAGAAACACUUCAACACAGGCCCCAAGCCCAACAACACCAUGGCCGGGGUGUCUGUAUUAGCACUGGACCAGGGCUUUUCCAUCAUCAACCGCUCAGAGUCACUGGACUACAACCAGCAACCAGGAAUGUAUUGGAUAAGACCACCGCUCUUGAUAAGGAGGGGCAGAUUUUCCGAAGAAGAUGCAACCAGGAUGUAAAGGGAAGCUACGUGGUACAAACUAACGCACCGGAACACAACUCUGAAUCUGAAGAUUACUCACCGAGCUCAUCGGAGACUGUUCGCUCACCAAAUUCUCCCUUUUAAUGAAUCCCCGUUCUCGUUACCAAGACCCUACUGCUUCGUGCAAUUUUAUAAAUCAUUUCCGAAGAAAUAAUGAAUGUUUAGUGAAUUAGCUAGGAUAAUGUUGCACUGAUAUAUGAAGAGUAUGGAUUCUAGCAUGGUUUAAGACAGAAGCACAUGGCAUGUGAAGGUGUAGGUGAAUCCAGCAGCUUUGCGAUUCUACCAUUAUCUGUAUUCUUAACCAUUUAGGCGCUGUGUUUAUCUUGCACCAUCAACGUUCUCAGUUUCUGAUCAUCUAUCAAAAACAAAUAAGUUAUGGUGCAAAAAUUAUACUCUGUUCAAAGGAUUCUGAGUCCCUGCAGGAGAGAAAUGUUUGUUGGUAUCUGAAUCCUGACUGACAAUUUAAUCAGUCCAUUGUGGCAACUCUAACAUGAUUUUCAAAACAGUUAAAUUAUUGUAAACUCCAUGAUAAGUAUUCUGAUUCACAAAAAUUGUGCGGUGAAACUAUGAUUGUACAGUAUCGUACACAGAGCGUGGGAUGGUGAGAGGUGACGAGGAUUGUAUCACAAGACAGCAGUAUUGUAUGACAUUAAAGAUCUAAAGCUCUACAGUUUGAUAUUUAGUUAACUAGAAAAGUAAUGGGAUUUAUGUUAGAAUACUUGUAUCAACUGUGUAAAAUAUUCUACUUUCACAUGGAUAAACUUUUGCAACUGUACGGUCAGGCAAGCACCAUCCAAGGCCCAAAUCUUCCCAAAUGGAUUAUUUGGUUGAACAUUGUAAAAGUUAACUCGUGUGAAAUGUCAUUGCUUUACAGUAGUCAUCAUCUGACUAAGUGUGGUGCAUACUACAAUAAAUUAAACAAGCCAAAUCUGUGAAUAAAUGAUUUAUUGAUAACCAGAA